AGAUUCUAACGCAAAAAAACUACUACAUUAAAACUUCUACUUCUUUAUAUUACUUUUUUGCUUUAUUGAAUAACUAAUAUUGAAAAUAGUUAUUUAUUUUCAUCGAUAAUUAUUAAUAUCCAUAUAUAAUUACUAGUGCAUAAGAUUUAUACUAUUGUUGGAAAUGUAGAUAAUAGACAUAAUGUUAGAUAAACAAACGGUGACCUUGAAUUGAGCAGCUGUCAACCUAACCAAGUAAAGAAUGAAAUAAACACAGCGUAUUCAUUGGAGUCUUCAUCAUGAGAUACGUGGAUUCGCAACUUGUUGAUAAAAUGGAUGAGGCUGUAACGCACUAUAUAAAUUCCCAUCAACCCAGCGAGUCUGUACAUGUUGAUGCCAAUGGACUAUCCCUCAAUGUCCAGGAUGAUGGGGGUGGGAGAGUGGUCACUGUCAUGCAUUCACAAACUUUGCCCUCUUCACAAAUGUGCAGCAGGCAAGUGUCGGUGGGGGAACAAGUUGGUGACGGUCCAUGGGGGGAAGAGCUCCUGGAUACCGAUGGGAGAUUAGCAGCACUUGUGGCGCAUUUGGCGCAGCAUUCAAAGGUGUCGCACUAUCAAACCUCACACCAUAAGGUACCUUCAGUACGUGAUAUGGAUGCUUCCGUGAUCCUAGAUGCCCCCAUAAGACUGUUCAAUGGACAGACCUUGGACCAACAAGGCGAUUCGAUAGUGGUGGAUGUGCCCCAACUACCGCCGCUGCCACCGUUACAGGAAAUGAAGAGGUGUCCAGAAACAGACUGGUUCAACAACAAAACGAAAAAUAUGCUUAAAGACGACAAUACUAUGCUGACCGACUCGGACGGCCCAGUAUUAGAGAUGGCGGGGGCGUCGCCCGCUCAACACAAGCAGCAGAACAAGAAGAGUCUGCCACACAAGAAGCGGAUAUCUAGGAAGCUGAAGAGGAACAACGGCAGUAGUACGCCGCAACAGGAUAUAGUACUGAUAAACUGCAGUGAAGAGGUACAACAGGAGGAGAUACUGCCUGAUAACUUCGUGUCUGCUGUGCAGCACCAGGAGCAUCUGCCGGAGGACACGCAUCAUAUCACGCACGAGAUGCGUCCAAUAUUCAUAUGCCAGUUAUGUGGUGAAUUCUAUGGGGAGGAUCAGCUCAAGUUCUUCCAGCAUUUGAAGCAACACUACGAGCCCCAUACAACCAUAAUAAUCGAGAAUCCAGUACCUGAUAUGGGCAUCGAUAAGAUGACCAACACGUGUAUAGUCGAUAAUGUAGCGACGUUACCCGACUCUAUAGUGGAACUGUCGCUCGAGGACACAGUGCCGAAAACAAUGUACCAACCAAUGGACAAGCACAUAUUGUACACGUCGAGCGAUAAGACACUCAACUAUUCGAGCAAUAAGCUGCAAUAUUCUAUGGCGAGUAUGGACAAAGAGCCUCCAGUGCACCCGUCGGAGGCAGACAAGAGUGAUCUGUACGAAACAUUGGAUAAACUGGAGAUGUACCGUUUGAAGAGCCACAAGUCGUAUAAGAAACAAAAACCGAAUGAUGCUCAUAUCAAAGAAACCAAUACUAGUGCUAAGUUGGACGACAUGGGCGAAUUCAGCGAACCCGAGGACCUGAUGGAGGGCAUCCACGUAGCGGUGGAGGAGGGCGGCGACCACUACGAGCACAUCCUGCCGCACCUCACCGUCGACAACGGACACGUGCACCAGGACCACGUGCGCCACUGGUACAUGAGGGGGGCGAACGAGUCGCAGGGGGCGGAAUCACCGCCUUCAGGGGCUACCUCCCCGCGCGCCGCGCCCGCCUACAGCGCCACGCCCGCGCCCGCCGCGCCCGCCGCGCCCGCCGCGCCCCCUGCCGGCCGCGACACGCACUACUCACCCGACGCGCAGCCGCACCACCACCACGACCACCACGACCACCACGAGCCGCACGAACACCACCACUUCAAAGAUGAAAUAUUAAAACGUAUCCUCGAAGCGGAGUCUCCAGCGUUGAACACCAACUAUGCGAACCAUAUGUUGCCCAAUUAUGAGGUGCAGAAUCCGCCCGAGCACCGCAGCGAGGACGUGAAGCCGACAGAACAGGCCAAGACAGUCGAUAAGAAGACGAAGACGUUCUCGUGCGUGGAGUGCGGGCGCGUGUUCCACCACAAGAACAGCCUCAUGUACCACAUGCUGUCGCACAGCGACAAGCAGCAGGCCUGCAGGGAGUGCGGCAAGACCUUCUACACGCCCGGCGCACUCAAGGUACACAAACGCGUGCACAACGACGACCGGCCGUACAAGUGCGAGGACUGCGGCCGCAGCUUCCGACAGUGGAGCGUGCUCAAAUAUCACAAGAUGUCCAUACAUUCCACACAAAAACUGUUCAAGUGCGAGUUCUGCGAGAAGGAGUUCGCGCGCAAGUACUCGCUGAACCUGCACCGGCGCAUCCACACCGGCGAGCGCAACUACAAGUGCGACUACUGCAACAAGACCUUCCGCGCCUCGCACUACCGCCUCUCGCACAUGCGCACGCACACAGGUGACAAACCGUACAAGUGCAGUCAAUGUGGCAAAUGUUUCCGUGUUACCGGCGAUCUCCGGAGACACUUUGUAAUCCAUGAGAAAAUGCGCAAUCGCAUAGAAGAGCAUAAGAACAAAAAAGAGGCAAAAGACGCAAAAGAUAAGAAAGCCACAGCGAACAAAGUGGACGUUAAAGUCGAGCCUCCCAACACGAGUGAGGGUGAUAACAAGCAAGUACCCAAAACGGUGAAGAAAGUAGCUGUAGCCUCCACAACCAGGGGUCCAAUACUGAGGAAUGUGGAUAAGAAAACGCGGACAAAGAAGAAUCAAGGUAAAAAGGAUGGUGCACCUAAUGUCACAAUAGGACAUAGGUUAGAGAACGGACAAUAUAAAAUGGAUGGGGAAUACUCAAAUAUGGGAGUGUUUGAUGUGAGACAUGCAGACGAAGAGUAUCAUAAGUUUAAAGAGGUCUACAAUGAGAAUGAAGCGCUGACAAAUUACAAAGCUAAGGAACAAUACAGCGGACAGGUAGUGAACUACAAAGAUGCCGUAGGAAUGAGCGAGACGAGAGAUUUUGCUGUACUAAGACCCAUGUUCAAGAAUGAUCACGAGAGUGUUUCAGAUAAACAAGUAUAUGCUAGAUCAGAAAAUACAGAUGGUAAGAUGCAAGUGUUCACCCAUGUAGAAAAAAGUAAGGACUAUAACGGACCAAUAGUAAGUAAUUCGGUGUCCCUAGGUGAUAUGAGGCACUUGGAUAGAGAGACGGCGAGGGAUACUCGAAAUGAUUCUUUACACGGGGAGACAAUUGAAAACGGUUUCCUAGAAAGACUGGCGGGACUUUAUAACAUACCAGCUAUAUGAAAAUAGAAGAAAUAUUGCUGAGCUAAUUCAGUAAUAUAUUUUAAUAAUUGCAUAGUUUUAAUUUUUAUUUGGUCACUUUUUUUUUUGUAAAUGAACAAAUUGUAGGCGUCAAAGCCAUUACAAUGUGCCUGUCCCACCUACUUAGUUAUUUAUAUUGAACGCGAGGUACUUGGUUAGACUGUGAACGUUUUAAAUAGGCAUGUAAGCAAUGUUACCAUUUAUUUCACAUCCAUUUAGUAUAAAAAUAACAGCAUAUUUUCGUUUUUUUUUUUUUUUUUUCGUCUAGUUUGGCGAAAAAGUUUGUGUAUUUUUUUCUAUUGUAAUUUAAUUGUACCUAGUCCUAUGGUUUAGCUCUUAUACUGUCUUUUUAUACAUUUAGUCAACUCGACCUUUAAAGAGUUAUUAUGAAUUUUAACUGUUUAAUUUUUUUUUUUUUUCAAUUGACUUGAAAUUAUAUGAAUUAUGUCGAUUUAUUGUACGUAUAUACAUAUACAAGAAAAACUUAUGUGAUAAGUGUAUGCUCAACUCGGAUUGAGUAUAGAUGGCGCUCUGUGAUAUCUCCAGGGCUUUUUUAUUAUUUUUUAUAUGUGUACUUCCAUAGUGGUCUCAUAUUAAUUUGUUGAUUUCAACAAAAAUCAUACUUAAUAAAAAAUACCUUAAUUUUUUUGCAUAAUAUUAGUGUUUCAUAUUUUAAUGUUAAUUAUAAAGAAUAAAGGUGUAGAAAUCAGAUUUUUUUAUAUAUAAAAUUUUAGAGUUUGUCUGUCUGUAUCGAUAUUUUAUUGUUUUAUGAAUAAACAUGAAGUAAUGAUCAUAAUAAUAGAUUGGGUAGAAGUGACACUAUUACAUUGUCUUUGAUAAAUGCGCUAAUACCACCAUUUAUACUUCUUCCUUCACGACACGUUUUAUAUAUUUUUUUUAUUGGAUGAAAAUGGAAUGGUAACCCCGCCUGCGCUAACGGGAUACGCUGGCGGGGCACCAGUGAAGGGUGAUAGAUGAGAAUGAAAAUAGGCCAGUUAGCCCAUCAUGAUCAAUUCAUUAGGAAUGAUAGUUUCCAGGGGGAACCGCGAGGAGGUCGACCUGGUUGGGUAUAUUGCUAACAAUGGGAUUCUCAGUCUCCGUUACUAACAAUGCCUUUCCCCCCACCACGUAUAUGUUGGGAUAUUUGUUUGCAUUUACAAAUAGUUUUAUCAAUAGACGCCUCACACGCGAUACGUUCGAGUGAGCGGGACACAUGUUAUUCCCCGCCCCCGCCCCGGCUUCGCGCGGGUACACAUUACAUCACGUCACAUUAGAAACCUCUAAAUUUAUCAGUGUUUCUCUACAAUAUUAUGCAUGUAUUAUACAUAUAAACCUUUCUCUUGAAAUACUCUCUCUAUUAAAAAAACUGCUUCAAAAUCCGUGGCGUAGUUUUAAAGAUUUAAGUAUACAUAGGGACGGACAGACAGCGACAGCGACUUUGUUUUAUACUAUGUAGUAAUCAGAACGUGGACGGUCAUCGUGCCAGCCAUAGAUUUAUGAUAGUACCUGCGAUUCAAAUAAGACAGUAAUAGAACGAGACACAACUAUAAGCGAAACACGUCAGUAUGAGCGGAUCGGAAAUAUGUUUUGUCUUGCUCUACAUACGCUUUU